AUGAAAGAGUUAGUAGAUUCCAUUGAAGCCAUCCGAAAUUGUGUGAAGUAUAUUCACUCUUCUAGUGCGAGGUUGGAUAAGUUUCGGGAGUAUGUCGUCUUAGAGAAGAAGGACAAAAUGUCAACUAUCCCGAUGGAUGUUGUGACUCGGUGGAAUGCCACGUACAUCAUGCUUCAUGGUGCAUACAAGUUUAAAGGUGUAUUUGCAAGGUUGGUGGAAGAAUUUACGCUUUUUAAGUCAUACUUUGAAGAGGGGAGAGUGGGGCCUCCGAGUGAUGAAGAUUGGAAAAAAGCAAUGGGAUUUGCACAUUUCCUCAAGAAGUUCUAUGAUGCCACCGUCAAGCUUAGUGCCACUAAGACUCCGACCUCACAUAUUGUUCUAAAAAUCUUGAUAAACUUGAAGAUUGAGAUUGAGGCUAGAAUUAUAGAUAAGAAAAAAGUUGUGUUGCAAAAUUUGGCUACUUCUAUGAAGAGGAAGUUUGAUAAAUAUUGGGGCUCUUUCGAAGAUAUGAACAUGUUUAUGUUUGUAGCCCAAACCCUCGAUCCACGAUAUAAGUUUCAAUUGAUGGAGUUGCAAUUAGGGGGGCUUGGCUACACUCUUGAUGAAGUUGAGCAACUCAAGAGUCGGGUGAAAAUACAUUUGUACCUUAUGUAUCAAACUUAUAAGGGAACGGAAAAGUCACAUGUGAAUGUGCAUGAGGAUGGGGAUGAUGGUGUUGAUCUUGGUGAUGAUGAUGAUAUUGAUGAUGAUGAUGUGGAAUUGAGGAUAGAGCGGAGACUUAAUAGGCAAAGAAAGGAAGCAAAACUCAAAGAGAUAGCUAAUGAAGUUGACAAGAUGGUCAAUGCCUUAGUUUGCACAAAUGAUUGGCUUAGAGGAGAGGAAUUUCAAUUUCACAAGGAGCCUACAGAAGAAGAGCUUGAGUUCUACAUGGAACUCGAACAAUUGGAACAAAGUAUUCCCAAUACAAAUGAAAUGCCACCACCUCUAUCUAAAACUAAAAGUGCAAAUCCACCCAAGUCCAGAGUUAAUAAAUUAUCAUCCCAUCCAUCUCGAGGGGGGAAAGGGGGAAGGGGUCGAUCAAAUCGUGGUGGACGUGGAGGUGGUGCUACAUCAUCGAGCAAAUUAAUUGAUGAGGAGUAG